AUGUCAGACAAAAAGAAUGAGGACUACGAGCUCAACAGCUCAGAGUCAUUUGGUGAGAAGGAUGGCUUCCUGUCUCGGCCUCCCCCAAGGACGAGGCCUGCGCUUGCUUCGCCAAUCAGCAAGAUCGACAAUAGCCCUGGCAUAGCCAUUCUUGCCUACUGCUUCUCCUCCAUCAGUAUGACGGUCGUCAAUAAGUACGUCGUCUCGGGCCAGUUCUGGAACUUGAACUUCUUGUACCUCGCUGUCCAGUCUAUCGUUUGUAUUCUUACCAUCGUCGUCUGCAAAAACCUUGGAAUGAUUACAAACCUGGCACCGUUCGAUACUGAUAAGGCGAAGAAAUGGUUUCCCAUCGCGCUGCUCCUGGUUGGCAUGAUUUAUACCGGCACCAAGGCGUUGCAGUUUCUCUCUGUGCCCGUUUACACCAUUUUCAAGAACCUUACCAUCAUCGUUAUCGCCUAUGGCGAAGUUUUGUGGUUUGGCGGUAGCGUUAGCCCCCUUUCUCUGCUCUCUUUCGGCUUAAUGGUUCUCAGCUCGGUCGUAGCUGCGUGGGCCGACGUGGCGCAUGCGCUGGGGGGUAGCUCUCAUACCGCCGAAGCUUCGGCUGCGGUUUCGACUUUGAACGCUGGAUAUGCUUGGAUGGGCAUGAACGUAUGCUGCACAGCGGCGUAUGUACUGGGCAUGCGCAAAGUUAUUAAGAAGAUGAACUUCAAAGACUGGGACACCAUGUUCUAUAACAAUCUUCUGACCAUCCCCGUUCUUAUCGUCUGCACCCUUCUGACGGAGGACUGGUCCUCAGCCAACGUACAAAAGAACUUCCCAGUCGAGACCCGUAACAGCCUCUUCGUCGGCAUGGUCUACUCGGGCUUGUGCGCCAUUUUCAUCUCGUACUGUUCAGCAUGGUGCAUCCGCGUCACAUCAUCGACAACGUACUCGGUUGUUGGUGCGCUCAACAAGCUUCCUAUCGCCAUCAGUGGACUCGUUUUCUUUGACGCGCCGGUCACGUUUGGCAGCGUGUCAGCCAUUAUCAUUGGAUUCGUCAGUGGUAUCGUAUAUGCAUGGGCGAGGAUUCGACAGACGGAGGCUUCCAAGAUGUCUUUGCCGACAACGCAGCCUAUGAGCGCGAGCGCGCAGAGCAACAGGGAUGCCAAUAAAUAA